AUGCAGGACAACAUUUCCAAGAAAUCCAUGGUGAAGCUGCCUUGCGUUAUACUGGACGCUAACGAUCCUGGUCGCAUCUUUUUUGGGCAACAGAGGAUCCUGGAUGCAAUCCAAGAAGCCUUAGUAGUCAAGGGCACAAGCAAAGGUUCUCAACCUGGGCUACGGCAGUUCGCUCUCUGUGGGCUUGGCGGCAUGGGUAAAACUGAGAUCGCGUCCGAAUUCGCCUCGAGAAAUAGAGACAACUUUGACGCCAUAUUUUGGGUACGUGCCGAUGAACCUGCCAAGCUGGACCAAUGCUUCCUGGACAUUUCGGUCAAACUAGGUCUCGAAACGGCAGAGGAGGCUACAAAUCAAAUCGUUUCGCGGUCUCUGGUCAAGGGAUGGCUCGCAAAUCCUGUGAAGGGGGAUACGACGAUCACCGAAGACAUCAGCUCGACAGCUUCAGGUGGUAACGAUGCAUCCUGGCUUCUCAUCUUCGACAACGCCGAUGACCCUAGAUUACUUGGGGACUACUGGCCCGAGGGAUCGGGUAGUGUCCUGAUCACUAGUCGCGACCCGCUGGCAAAGCGACUUUAUUCUUCAAACUCAUCCGGCUUAGACUUAGAGCCGCUAAGUGACGCUGACGGUGGCGCUCUCUUCUUGAAACUCACUGGGUCCGACAUAGUAUCUGAGGAGGAUCCGGAAAAGGUCGCACAAGACAUCUCCAGGAGUCUUGCUGGACUGCCUCUUGCGAUAGCACAGAUGGCUGGGAUCAUCCGUCGGCAAGACCUGAGCUUAAGCGAAUUCCAAUCCAUCUAUGAAGAGGACAAACACCGGAUCGCUUUGUACAACACAAAGUACAAUGCGAGCACGAAGGCAUACAAGCACAGUAUCGCUACUGUUUGGGCGUUCGAAAAGCUGACUGCGGAGGCAAAAGGGCUAAUGAAGUUGAUAUUGUUCAUGGAUCCCGAUAUCAUACAGGAGAACAUUCUCUUCGAUGCUGCAGUCCUGAUGUUUGCUUCAUCUAACUUCACGAGACCCAAGUUUAACGAAGCGCGUGCUGAAUUGUCACAGUCAUCACUCGUACGGAGAGACAAGAAAACAUCCGAGCUCUCAAACUAUCACAUUUCGGUCCACCGUUUGGUUCAAGAUGCCAUCAGAUCAAGUAUGAGCAAUGAAGAGAUGCAGUCCAAUUUCGAGACUAUGGUCAACCUGCUAUGGCAAAUCUGGCCGCAAGCAAUGCCGGCACCCACUAAGCCCUCUUUGAUAUUAAAGCACGAAGUAUACGACACCCGCUAUUCAUUGUCUCGCUAUCCGUUGUGUGUGGCUUUAUAUCCUCACAUUCUACGACUGAAGCAGCUGUGGCCUUUAGCGUCUGAGUGCAGCGAUAGCACUAAAAUACGAUUUGCCGCGCUGUUGACCGACGCCGCCUGGUAA